CAAGUGGACACUAUUUCUAACCUCAUGCGCUUGCCCGCAGAUCUAUUCGGCUCCUCAGCCGUACCAGUCCGUACCAUGACCGAUUUGAUGUUUUCUGGGGAGCGCACUCUGCACAAAGUCCUCAGCGAACACCCGGGGGAACUUGUACAGACGGGCAGUCCCAGCCUGAUUUGUUCAGUGCUACCUUCACACUGGCGUUCCAAUAAAACUUUACCUGUGGCUUUCAAGGUGAUUGCCCUAGCGGACAUCUCAGAUGGGACUAUUGUGACGAUUCGGGCUGGGAAUGACGAGAAUUAUUCAGCUGAACUACGAAACGCUACAGCCGUCAUGAAGGACCAAGUGGCCAAGUUUAAUGAUCUAAGAUUUGUAGGAAGAAGUGGAAGAGGGAAGAGUUUUACCUUGACGAUUACAGUGAGUUCUGACCCACCUGAAGUUGCGACAUAUAACAAGGCCAUCAAAGUGACAGUAGACGGACCUCGAGAACCAAGAAGACAACAGCAACAACUAAGGGCUUUUGCUACAGCAUUUGGACAAGGGUUACCUUUCUUGGAAUCUCUGAGGGAGUGGGAACAUUUGAGACGAAAAACCGCCGAACAGUGGGCUAUCGAAAUACCUCGUAGACUCCAAGGUGUGCCAACAGAUCCAAUACAUCCACUUCAACUAGCAGGUGGAGAGCACUGGAAUCCUUACGUACCACAUCACCCAUCAAACCUUUCGUCAGUUUCUACAUUACAAGGAACUGGUUACAGUGGUUCUCCGUCAUCCUUCUCACUUGAUGGAAUCUUUGGUGGAAAUUCUCAGGACUCUCUUACUUCAGGACUUUGUGAUCGCAUGGGAGUAACAUCAACACUGGGAAUUCCUUACGAGCAACAGAAUUCCUUGGCUUUAAAAGCAGAUUCCUUCUUAACCUCGAGAGGUUCAAUAGCAGGAGAAGCCAAUGACUUGUGCAUUUCUGAUCGGCUGGCAGAGUUCCGUCAAGGUUUCGGAAUAUUUGGAGGGGGGAUGAUAAACCCACAACAGAGUCCCGGCACAACAAUGGCAUUUCUAUCUGGGAGUACAGUCGCUCCCUUUUUUGCUGUAAAUCACGGUGGUUAUGGACUGUUCCCUUCUGCUGGUAACAACUUCAACGUAAAUAAUACGAACAUGUACCCAAGUAGCUCUUUUGUGCCAUCGUCCUUCUUUUAUCCACUUCAUCUCCUUGGAAACGAGCUAAGAUCUGUUGUGGCCGCGCAACGCCAAAGAAAUGAAAUGAUUGUUCGACGGAAUAAUGUGACGACCUCUCGUGGCAGUAACUCUAUUGGCAGAGAAACCCAUACUGAAACUAACAACGAAGAAAACAACAACCAAGUUCCGUCUCACUCAAACUCGUCAGUGACAUCUAGUGGAUUCUUUAGUUUAACAACAAACGCUCAUACAGAUGAAACGUUAUGGAGGCCGUAUUAAGAUAUUCAUGUUGAAAUCGAAAUCUUAGAAGUUAUACUUUAACAUUUACAAUACUUACAACUUUCUGCCAAGCGCCGAUAUAUCGGUUCAACAACCGAUGUCGCAUAUUGUAAAGAAACAACCUUAGUUGAUAAAUUACUUUGUGAUAUUAUAUAUAUUUGAAGUCCAUCAUCCAUAACAACUAAAAUACGACAAAUAAGCUCCACCUUGUGGUGAAACUCUGAAAGUUUGAAGAACAUAACGUCCAUAUUUAAUUAUGUAGAAAACUCUUGCUUAUGUUACUGCAAGUGAAUGAGUAAACGCAUGUGUUUGAAUUAGAUUAAUUCAAAUAUUUUAGCCAUAUAGCGCGUUUGGAGUAAGCCUAGAUUUAACGUGCAUGUUUUGGAACUGGACUGGAGGUUAUAUUUUGUGACACAGAACGAUGGAGGCAUAGUUUUCAACGUUCUGUGCGUGUACGUAUUGAUGUAGUAUUAUGACUGUAUAGUUCAUAUUUUAUCACAUGACAUUUUCUUUUAUUUUAAUGAUUUAUUUUGUAUAUACACAAGUAUUCACUAUUAUGCUAUAAGAUGCAAAAAAUUGGUUUGUGACUCGGCCCUAUUAGUAAA